GCCCCCGGAGGGGAAUAGAAAUCAGGUGGUGCGUUUUAGACGCUGGGGGCAGUGCACAGCCCCUUCCUCAGACUCAGGCCCAGUUUCUGCGAUCUCCACAGCAGCCUCUGCGGCCACCCCCAGAGAGCGUCAGGAUGGCUGAGGAAAAGGGGGGAAAAUUCGUGCUGGAAGAAACUGCAUUUGAAGAAAUCGAAAGGGAUUUUCUGGAGGUUCUCAACGAACUUUCAGGAGACAAAAGUCUGGAGCGAUUUAGGAUCGAAUAUGAGAAGCUUCAUGCUGUCAUGAAAAAGUCUUAUGACAAUGAAAAGCGUCUGAUGGCCAAAUGCAGAGAGCUAAAUGCAGAGAUUGUGGUUAAUUCCGCGAAGGUCGCCACUGCCCUGAAGCUCUCUCAGGAUGACCAGACCACCAUUGCAUCCCUGAAGAAGGAAAUUGAAAAGGCCUGGAAGAUGGUAGACUCAGCCUAUGAUAAAGAGCAGAAGGCAAAGGAGACGAUUCUUGCCCUGAAGGAGGAAAUAGUGAACCUGACCAAACUAGUGGAGCAAGGAUCUGGACUAUCAAUGGACCAGGACAGCAAUAUCCGAGAUUUACUGAAGUUCAAAGAAGAAGUGACAAAGGAGCGAGACCAGCUCUUGUCAGAAGUGGUGAAAUUACGAGAGUCCUUAGUUCAGAUCACUGAACAGCAGCAGGGGCUGGAGCAACAGAAAGAAGAGGCCGAGCAGGUCAUCAGUCAGUUCCAUCAAGAAAUCCAGCAACGUCAGAACGAAACUUCUCGGGAAUCUCGGAAGAAGGAGAAACUGGAGAAAGAGCUCAGGCAGAUUCAGACAGACAUGGACUCCCGGCAGACGGAAAUCAAGGCCCUGCAGCAGUACGUGCAGAAGAGCAAGGAGGAGCUACAGAAGCUGGAGCAGCAGCUGAAGGAGCAGAAGAUAUUGAAUGAGAGAGCUGCAAAGGAACUGGAGCAGUUUCAGAUGAGAAAUUCUAAACUUCAGCAAGAGAAUGAACAACACAGUUUGGCUUGCGAGCAGCUAUCCCAGGAGAACCAGCAGAAGGCACUGGAGCUCAAAGCCAAAGAGGACGAAGCCCAUCAGAUGCGCCUUGACAUUGGAAAGCUCAACAAAGUCAAAGAUCAAAUCCAUAAAAAGUUGCACCAGAUUGAAGAUCAAAAGGCAGAAGUGGAACAGCACAAGGAGACUCUGAAAAGUCAGAUCUUGGGAUUAGAGAGAGAGGUGGAGGCUUCAAAGAAACAGGCAGAACUUGAUAAGAAAGCAAUGGAUGAGCUUCUGAGAGAAAGGGACAUAUUAAAUAAGGUCUUCACGAACAUGGAAGACAUAAAAGUCCGUGAAAUGCAGAUUUUUGACUACAGGAAACAAAUCGCUGAAUCAGAGACUAAAUUAAAACAGCAACAGAACCUGUAUGAAGCUGUGAGGUCAGACAGGAAUCUGUAUAGCAAGAAUCUGGUGGAGGCUCAGGAUGAAAUAACAGAAAUGAGGAGAAAAUUAAAGGUUAUGACCCAUCAGGUAGAUCAGCUGAAAGAGGAAAUCUCUGCCAAAGAGUCAGCACUUGUGAAGCUACAUCUGGAACAGCAGCGGAUAGAGAAGGAGAAGGAAACGCUGAAGGCCGAGCUGCAGAAGCUGAGACAACAAGCCCUGGAGACCAAACACUUCAUUGAAAAGCAAGAAGCUGAAGAGAGGAAACUCCUGCGAAUUAUCGCGGAGGCUGAUGGGGAGAGGCUGAGACAGAAGAAGGAAUUAGACCAGGUCGUCAGCGAGAGAGAUAUCCUCGGGUCACAGCUUGUUCGGCGCAAUGAUGAGUUGGCUUUGCUGUAUGAGAAGAUCAAGAUCCAACAGUCGGUGCUGAAUAAAGGCGAGAGCCAGUACAACCAGAGGGUGGAGGACAUGAGAAUCCUCAAGCUAGAGAUCAAGAAGCUUCGCCGGGAAAAGGGGAUUCUUGCCAGGAGUGUGGCUAAUGUUGACGAACUCAGGCAGGAGCUUUUCCACAUGCAAAGAGAAUUCCUGAAGGAGAAGACACGGUGCCGAGCCCUGGAGGAGGAGCUGGAGAACCCCAUGAACGUGCACAGAUGGAGGAAGCUUGAGGCCAGUGACCCCAGUACCUUUGAGCUGAUACAGAAAAUUCACACCCUGCAGAAGCGUCUCAUUGGCAAGACAGAAGAGGUGGUUGAGAAAGAGCUGCUCCUUCAGGAAAAGGAGAAACUGUACGUGGAGCUAAAGCACAUCCUAGCCCGGCAGCCUGGGCCCGAGGCUGCGGAGCAGCUGCAGAUAUACCGCCACACGCUGCGCGAGAAGACGAAGCAGCUUAAAGUUUUGUCUUCAGAACUGAAUAUGUAUGAGUCACAGAGCCAAGAAUAUAAGUACGAGAUCGAGAAACUCACCAAUGAACUAGUAAAUUUAAAGAAGAAAUACCUCGCUCAGAAACGUAAAGAACACCUUCAAAAAAACAAGGACAGAAUAUCCAUGGAUAACGCCUUCUCCGUGGCCAAGGCAACUGGCCCUCGUUUCACUGGGGGUGGAUUUCCCCUCAGCAAGUCGUCUCAAGUGAAGUCUUAGCUUGAAGCUGCUGGCUGGGUCCAGUGGAACAGCUCAUACAAUUUGCUCUGGAACAUUUUGGAGAAAUCUGUUUCAAACCCCUUAGAUCACAGACAUUUAAGGAAAUCAGUGCUCAGAUUACAGGGUGGAAAGAAAUGCAGAACUGUCGUAGUCACAUCCAUAUAAGAGUUAUGACAUUCUAUUUGGUCCACAUGGAUAUUACAGAUUGUAAUUAUAUCUGUUCAAUUAGGCUGACCCAUUGCAUUAAGGAGGUAUUUUGUUAGUACCCCAUCUAGAUACUCUGUAUGAAUGAAGCUGUGAAUUCUCAAUUUCUCUGUUGUAGACAUUGGUGCACUUGAAGCUUUUAUAUUU